CUGCUCUUGAGCUGUUGAGCUCUCUUCCCCCACCGAGCAGCUGUCGAAGCGGCUGCGGCAAAAACUAGACAGUGGCGGCUUACGGGAAGGCGGCGUCGUUCCUCGCCGCCAUGGACUCGCGACUGUCCGACGUCCACACACAUUACUCGCUGCACAGCGCCAUCAGCCUCGCAUCGGUGGCGCCUGGCCCGCUGCUAUGGAGGCUGGUCUCCAAGGAGGGCUUCGGCCGCGUCCUCGUGGCGGCCUGUGACCUGCCGGCGGGGACGCUCGUCUGCUCCGAGCGCCCUCUGGUGGUGGCACCCGUGGCGGCGGCAAGCAGCCCCGCCGCGCUGCGUGGAGAGGCACAGGCGGUGGCGGUGGCGCUCCUGGAGAGCCCAGUCGAGGCGGCUGCCCUGCUCUGCUCUCCGGCCCACGGCGAGGGCUCGGCCGAAGCCGUCGCCUUUGACGUUGCAGCCGACGCGUUUGCCGCCGCCUGGAGCCCCGCAACGCCGCCGCCCUGGAGCCAGCUGGCUCGCAGAUCUCACCGGCGGCACUGGCUUGGCGUGGCGUCCGUCAACGUGCACGCAGCGGAGCGGCCGGCGCGAGGCGUGCUCGGCCUGCUCACCUCCAUGAUGCAGCACGACUGCACGCCCUCCGCUCACGUCGGGUCCGAGGCGGGAGGCAGCCUCCUCUCGCUGCGCACCUGCCGGGACGUGGCGCAGGGCGGCCGCCUCUCCAUCUCGUAUGUCCGCAGGAGCCUCGGCGAGCCCCUCUCCAUCUCGUACGUCGUCUCCUACCAGCCGACCGCCGACCGCCGCGCGCAGCUGCUCUCGCAGCACGGCUUCCGCUGCGCCUGCCACCGCUGCGAGCAGGCGCCGGAGCUGUCGUGGGCAGAGCUGCUCGCCGCCGAGCGAUCGAGCGACUUGGGCGAGUGCAUGCGCCGCCUCCACCCGUACCACCACAAGAUGGCCGCGUCCCCAUCGCCGGAGGGCAGCGCGCAGAGGUCUACUGCCAGCAACCCGCUCGACCCGCUCGCCGCCGCCGACCUCGAGCGCGCCGCCGUCUGCUACCGCGCCGCAGGCGACGCCCCCUCCGCCGCGCGCCUCUUUUGCUCGGCAGAGGAGGGCUUCGCGUUGGCUCGCUAGAGGCGGCGCGCUGCCGGAAGGCGCUGUCCGCGCUGCAGGCUGCGCGAGGGCCGUGAGCCGUGGGCGCGCUGCAGCGGGCCGCGGGCGGGCGCGCGCCUUGAUCAUGAUGAACGACGGCAGCACGAGGUCCGACGCCGCGCCGCCGUGGUGGGCCGACGGCGCGGCCCGCAGAGGCGAGCCGGGGCGCCGGCCCGUCUCUCUGUCUCGGGUUUUGGGCUGCGUUCUCUGUUGCUGAGAGAGCCCGCGUUGCUGAAGCGCUGGCACAAGUGCAGGUCUCGUGCGGAAAAGAAAAUACAUUU